AUGACAUUGGUUGUGAAUGAUUUGUAUAGGAAAGAAAUUAAGAUUAUAGCUAAAGUGGAGAGACCGGAGUUGACGUUGUUGGAAAAGCACUUGGAUUUCGGAAAACUGGAGCUGGGGCUUGUUUAUAGUAAAACUUUUAUUGUGGAGAAUAAAAAUGCGGUGAUUGUGGAUUGGGAAAUUUGGGAGACGUUUAUGAAAAAUGGCGGUUUCACGAAGAGCAGCAAUUCUAUGGUUUUCGAUAAUUUGGAUGAUGGUAACAUCGAAGUUGAAUAUAUCGUGAGGGCAACGGAGGUUGGAGAAUUCUCUUCGACUUUGCAAUUAAUUACCAAGUAUAAGGAUGAGAGUGUGAUUAACGGUGUUUGCACCGUUUCCUACAUUGUUGAUGAUCUCACGAUCUAUUUGCACACGCAGAUGAGCGAAUGCUCGAUUUUAUGUCCUGGAGAGUUGCUCUACGCGAAUAAAACUUCAGUGUAUACAUUGUGUUUACACAACGUCAGUCAGAUUGACGCCAAUUUCCUGUUCGGCGAAAUUUAUGGCGACAAGAGUGAUUUGGUCUGCGCCAAGGUUUUCCCAACGACCGGAUUCGUUCCAGCCAAGACCUUCAAACGCGUCAACCUGGAGCUAACGCCGUUGGAGGUCUGCGUCUUCGAGUCUCUUUAUUUACCAUGCGAGAUAAUCACGUACAAUCCGUCAAUCAAGGGAAAAUACGUUGAGAAGAAACCUCUGGUUUUGGUGAUACUAUGCGUCGUAGAAGAUGUCAACGUGCAACUGAUAAUUCCGGGCAUGGAGAAGCCAGUUUAUUGGCCUCCUCAAAUGAAUUACGAUUUGGAAUAUCGGAUUGAACCGGAGAAAUGCGUUAACGAGAGUAAAUCAUCUUCUGAAGUAGAGGAAGCCAAAGUCUUUUCCAAAACUGAUUUCGCGGAGGAAUCUGUGAUUAACGAUAUCACGGAAUAUUUGCACAAUCUUAUUCAAGGAAUCGGAGAAGAGGAAGUUGAACCAAUUAAACGUGAAGACACUAUUUCUACCUCGAGCUUCUCCGCGUUGAGCUCGGAUUCUCUGAGGGAAUACUUUGACGAGGAUAUCUUCAUCCACGAAAAUCACAUGGAAUUCAAAGGCGUUCCUUUAAGAGCACCGAUUAAGAAAACUAUUGCCAUACAGAAUAUGACUCCGGUCGAAGGAUUCCUCGAAGUGGACGUAGCAAAUUUCAAGCCUGUUUUGCUGACUACCCGGAGCAUCCACAAUAUUUUAGUCGAUUUAAAUGUUAAAAAGGAUGAUCAUUGGGAAUCGAUUCUCGGGAAUAAUGGUGUGCUCAUCAAGUUGGAAUUGGGUAAGCAACAUUUGGAUCCGUACGAAGGGACGUUUCUGGACGUUUGGGUGUACGCAAACACUUGGGGAAUUUACGCCGACGAAAUACAAUUUCAAGUCAACAAUAUUGCUCCGCUUCUGAUCACCGUUUUAAUUGAAGUGGUUGGAUUACCAUUGGAGUUUCCGAUCGCUAAAAAUUCGUUGAACAAACACGCAAAGUUUAGAUUUGGUGUUGUACCUUACAACUCAAAGUCGGUGAAGAGGAAGGUUUACGUUCGGAACACGAGUCGCGUUCCGGUUUCAGUUGUUUGGCACGUUUUCAUGAAAACUUUGGAUUGUCGCGAUAAGCCGAUCACUUUGCUCUUCGACAUUUAUCACCCAAACAUGAAACGGCUUUUAGACGCGGACGUUGAAUCCACAGGCAAUUUAAUACUGACGCAUCGAAAGCUCUGCGGUUUCUCGAAUUACGACAUAUUUAAUAUUACACCUAGAGAAACGUUCAUCGAUGUUGGACAAACUAUAGCCAUAGACAUUGUGUUUAAUUCUGAUUCUUACGUUACACAGAUCGGACGGACGGAUAUCGAAGCCAAUUUAGUUGGAUACAUCCACGUUGCUAACAUCUUCAAGAAACGCGAUCAUAUGUUUAUGCGGAAAACCGGCAGUCAGAUGCAUCCGUUGCGUUUGAAACUGUACGCGUCUUUGGAUACACCGAAAUUGAAUUUGGACACGAUCAGCGAUCUCAGCUUCGCAAUCCACGCGAGCAUUGAAGUUGAUAAAGAAAGUAUAUCCGCUUCCAAAGUGUUGAUUUUCAAGAACCACAACAACUUCCCAAUGGAGGUUUCCUUCUCGAUCGGAGAUCCCUUUAAGAUUCAAGAAAUCCAAUACUUGGAUAACUUCAUCGCAGAUGUUAAAUCCCCAAUUACAAUCCUUCCAGAAUCUUGCGUUUAUCUCAAGGUGUGCUUCAAAUUGGUACUAGAUCAGCUGUAUAAUAUGGCCAAUUUGAUUUAUAAUUUAGCGAGACACGACGAGUAUCAAGUUUAUUCGGUGAAUUUCGGAACUUGCUCUUACAAAUACUUCAACGAAUUGAAGAUAAUGCAGAAAGGAGCUAUGAAACAGAUUAUUCCAGCCGAACUUGAAAUCUAUUUUCCGUUAAUCGAAAUCCCGACGUUGCUCGAUUUUGGAAUCGUCUUUAUUGGUAACAGCAGAAAGAUGACACUCACUAUAAAGAAUUAUACUAAUUGCCGAGUGCCUUUCGAAAUAAUAUCUGAUGGAGAAUUCAUUGUAACUCAAACAUCUGGAGUGUUGGGUUCUUGCAUGAACGACGAGCCUUUCAUAUACGAUAUCUACGUGAUUUGCAUCCCUUGUGAGUAUAAAUUAUACGAGGCGGAGAUGACCGUGAAGACUAAUGUUGACUUUUGCCAAUACUCGACGAAGCUUCGCGCCAUUGGAAGCCACAACGAGAAACAAUUCAAAUUAAAUACAUGCUGAGUA